AUGUCAUGUCUAGCAUACACAAUGUUCAACAUCUACCUCCCCAAAAUCCUUGAAACGGGGUCUGGGUCUGGAUCCACAGCAGGAUUAUCGACCGCCCCACCAACAAAGACGCUCGAACAAAGCUUAUGGGACGUUGUUAUUUUCACUAUUGAGGGGUGUCCAGGUGCCAUUGUUCGUCUUCCUUGA